AUGGGUUUUCGCUUACCAGGUAUUAGACGAUCAUCAUUUAGUGCAUGCCAAGUAUCUUCUUGCAAGGCAGUAGAAGUCCCAAAAGGGUAUCUUGCAGUGUAUGUUGGUGAGAAAAUGAAGAGGUUCUUGAUUCCAGUAUCAUUCUUGAACGAGCCUUUAUUUCAGGAAUUGCUUAACCAAGCUGAAGAGGAAUUUGGUUACAAUCAUCCCAUGGGUGGUCUCACAAUUCCCUGCAAGGAGGAUGUCUUCCAAACAGAAAACAAGACAAUGGGUUUUCGCUUACCAGGUAUUAGACGAUCAUCAUUUAGUGCAUGCCAAGUAUCUUCUUGCAAGGCAGUGGAAUUUCCAAAAGGGUAUCUUGCAGUGUAUGUUGGUGAGAAAACGAAGAGGUUCUUGAUUCCAGUAUCAUUCUUGAACGAGCCUUUAUUUCAAGAAUUGCUUAACCAAGUUGAAGAGGAAUUCGGUUACAAUCAUCCUAUGGGUGGUCUCACAAUUCCCUGCAAGGAGGAUGUGUUCUUGGAUAUAGCUUCUUGCUUGAACCGGCUAUAA